AAACGCGUUCUUGGGUGCCUUUCCUGUGUACUGACACUUUCCAAUUCAUCGUCCACACCACCUCAUUCCCGACUCGCCAUCCUUCAUCUGCACCUGUUGAACCCAAAUCUGCGUCUCGUUCCUCUCAUCUUCAGAAGCACAUCAGCAAUUUGACUCGGUCGCCCUCCUGCAAGCCUCGUUGUAUCUCUGCAAUCAUGAUCGGACCCGGUACGGGCAUGCUAGGCGAAGAUGGCAUUCACGUGGACAUGAAUCAUCUCAAGUCGGGAGAAGUCAACUUGGGAACGUCAAUCAUGGCAAUCAAUUUCAAAGACGGAGUCAUACUGGGAGCAGACAGUCGGACAACCACAGGCGCAUAUAUCGCAAACCGAGUGACGGACAAACUCACACAAGUACAUGAUACCAUCUGGUGCUGUCGGUCAGGCUCUGCGGCAGACACACAGGCUGUUGCAGAUAUUGUGCAGUACCAUCUGGGAAUGUACGGCAUCAUGAACAACGAGUCACCAACAACACAAACGGCUGCUGCACUGUUUCAAGAGCUAUGCUACGAGAACAAAGACCAACUGAGCGCCGGCAUGAUCAUUGCUGGCUACGACAAACGCAAUGGUGGCCAAGUCUACUCAAUACCUCUUGGUGGCUCGCUGCACAAGGGACCGUAUGCAAUUGGUGGAUCUGGUUCGACCUACAUUUACGGUUUCUGUGAUUCAUACUGGAAAGAAGGAAUGACGGAGGAAGAAGGCAUACAAUUUGUGAAGAGUGCUCUAGGAGAAGCCAUCAAAUGGGAUGGCAGUUCUGGUGGCGUGAUUCGAAUGGUGGUUCUCACAGCGAAGGGAGCCCAGCGGCACUUGUAUCUCCCAGAUCAAGAUUAUCGAGGACCUGGAACGAAAUAAAGAGGAUGUGCAUUGACGGCGUCAAGGAUCAUUUGGGCUCAUGCAUUCAAUCGGGCAGGAAGGUUGUGAUACAUUAGCAUACCCAAGCAAAAAGCAACGGACGUCAACACUAGGCGGUAAAGCCUGAACCUAUCAGUUGUUCGGCCAGAGGGACCUCUCAGCAUCAACCACGGUUACAAGCCAGCGGCCUGAAUUGUAGUGGGCGUAGUAGUCUUGAUGCCAUACGUCCUCGUCUUGAUCAAUUUUGGGGGGGUUCUACGCGAUGCAGUACCAAUAUAUUAUUAUAUUUGGAUCAUAGGUACCUAGGUAGGAGUGGGUAUCGAGCCCUCAUGCAAAAUGACGCCAGCAGCCUUUUUGGCGGCACAGGCGGUAGCCAGGCUGGCACUGGCAGCUGGCACAAGCCACUAUUUGACGACCCUCUUUUGACGCCCCAGCGAC